AUGUAUAUUUUAAUCUCCAUCGUAUCGCUCUUUGUCUGGUUGUUUAUUCUAGCUUUUAUCUCAGUUUACUUGGUUGUCCUAAUCUUCUCUCACAAUCCAAGGCCUUUACACGAAGACGAAAUUUAUUACACAACAUUGACUGCAGAAAAAUCAGUUUAUUCAGAUCUAAAACCUUUGCCCUUGAAAAACUCAAAUUACGAUCCAAAGUCAAAUAUCCUUAUCUCUCUCGUCAUACCUUGCUACAAUGAAAUCAACAGAAUCAAACCAAUGCUAGAUGAUUCAACAUCCUUUUUGAAAGAAAAAUAUGGCGACGAUGCUUUUGAAAUCUUAAUCGUCGAUGAUGGUUCAACUGAUGGCACCUCAAAUUUCAUUCUAGAUCUAUCUGAAAACUUAUACAGCCUCAAGCCAGACCAGAUUAGAAUCAUAAAAUUGAUCAAAAACAGAGGAAAAGGUGGUGCUGUCACCCAUGGCUUACAGUACACUAGAGGAAAAUACUCAAUUUUCGCUGACGCUGAUGGCGCUUCAAAAUUCUCUGAUAUAUCAAAACUAAUCACUGCUAUCGAAAAACACCAAUCUCCAAAAUCACAACAAGUCCCUGUUGUUGCUGUUGGUUCAAGAGCCCAAUUGUAUGAAAAAAACAACAACCACUCAGUCGUCAAAAGAUCUCUCAUCCGCAGCUUUUUGAUGCUUUCAUUCCACUCAAUUCUCUUCAUCUUUGGUAUUAGAAACGUCAAGGACUCUCAGUGCGGUUUCAAACUAUUCAACAAAGCUGCCAUUCAACAAAUCUUUCCCUACAUGCACAAUGAAAGAUUCAUCUUCGAUGUCGAAAUACUAAUGAUAGCAAACCAUAAGAAGAUCCCCAUCGAAGAAGUUCCCAUAUCAUGGCAUGAAGUCAGCGGUUCAAAAGUCGAUUUGGCAAGAGAUAGCAUCAAAAUGGCCAUCGAUUUAAUAGUAACCAGAUUCGCCUAUCUCUUUGGUAUUUACAAAGACUAUGAAGUUGUUGAUUGUAAAGUUAUUCACAAAUUAAAAGAAAAAUCAAUUUAA